UUCCGAUUCAAAUGAUUUCUCAAUAUGGACCCAUAUUCUGUACACGUCUACCGACAGUUAUCGGUGUCGUUAAGUACCGCGAGCCAAUAAGAAUCGCACUUUUCUCCUAAAACAGUCUCUGCUAUCGUUAAUUAUCGACACCAACAACAAUUCGGAAACGACUUAUUUCCGGAUCUAUGUUUAUAUAGCUUUUUUUCUUCCUUUUUGGAUCCCGAAUCACUUUCUGAAGUAUGACCUCGAUUUUCAAGACACCCUGUAAGUGUGAUCAAUUAAAUCGCGCAUCAUUUAAUCCGAGUAUCCGCGGCGAAGUAUAUAUCCAUAUCUUUUAUCGACGCAUACAGAAUCACCAAAAUGACGACAACCACAGGCGACCCGUCAACCCUAAAGACUCCGGCUUCUCUGUCGGGUGGAGAUCUCGUUUCUCGUCUUCUGGCGGCCACUCCUCCAUAUCUGUACAACGUGCCAUUGACGCCUCACAGCUUCUUCUUCAGCGAGAUGCUACGCUCCUUCGUACAAGCCAAGGCGGAGGCAUCGUCGACUGGUGGCGGUGGUGGUGGCGGUGGCGGUGGUGUUGGAGGAGGUACGCCAAAUGCACCACGACGCCGUAAGCGAUCUUGGCGAGACGCUCGGGACAGACCGCUCGAACUCACGACGAAGGAACGUCCACAUCAUCAUCAUCAUCAUCAUCAUUAUCAUCAGCAUUCGGACAAAUACUAUCACUCGGUAGCGCAGCAGCAACAAUCAUCUCCUCAAGUACCGCCGGAGAUUCGUUUGGAGAACGAUGGCAAACGCCCCGAUGCCUAUCUAGACACGAUGGAGACCAAAGCCGCCGGCGCAACAUUCGACCAGAAACCUAACUUUGGAGGCGAUAUCCUUAAACCCAUUGACGAAAAUAAGAGCGAGUUUUCGCGACAACACGGUAAGAGCUUCUUCGAUGAACGACCGCGACACUUUGAGCAGGCUCAACCGCCGGAGAACGUUUUUCCUGGCGGAGAACCGCGGAAGAUCAAGCCGGAGGAUUCGCAGCAGUUAGAUCGUAGCACUGGUAGAAGUUGUAAUUUUGACAACGGUAGAAGUUACUCGGAGGACCGCUCAAAAAGCAUCGUACCAGGAGGUCAGGAGGUGUCGUCAGCCUCCUUGCAAUUGUCAGAUCAGAAAAAGUUGGACUUUUCACGGGCAGCGGCAGCAGCAGCAGCAGCAGCAGGAGGAGGAGGAGGAGGAGGAGGAGGAGGAGGCCCUUUCCUAUCCGGUAUGCCGGCUGGCAGAGGAUGCGAGAACGUGCUUCAAGGCGUGAAAGGUUUCGCUCUGCCUAGCGGCAUGUCCGGCCCGGCGGAAUUUCUACCCGGACCUCUCUGGUACCCACCGUAUCCGAUGCCGCAGUCCUACCCCGGCAUCGAUCCCCUACACUUCUUCAUAGACUUACGCGUCUCCGGCCAUAUUUGGGAUCGCAAGCACGCGAGUGAACGGCAACUAUCUUUCAAGAGCAAACAUUGCUCGGCCUUCAGCGUACCGCAAUCCAAGGAGUGCGGGAAUCGCCCGUUGAAUCUUACCCGCGACGAGGCCACCACCACGUCAAAGAAUUCUCCAGACGCGGAGAACACGCAGGGUACCAAUUAUAUCUUGAAGCAUCUCGUGAAAACGUACCAGGACAUACAACAGAUGAAGACCUCCGGGACGGACGCGUCGAUAGAGAACGAGGACCAUUCGAAGGAAACGACACAGCAAACUGGCGAGGAUACUACGAAGGUAGAGGAUCCUGACAGCAGUACGGUUACGAAUUCCGAAGAGGAAAGAAAGGAUUUACGGGCUCUGAUUGGUCUCGAAUUAGUGGUGGACUAUGUGAAAGAGCCGACGAAGGAUGAUUCAUCGACCGAGCAAACGUCUGCACAAAUAACGGAAUAACUUACCCUAACGAACGGGAUUUGUAAAGGAAUGCGCGCCUUCCACCUUAAUCACUAAAAUAGUCGUAGUGUACGUUGCUAUUGUGUAUAACACCUUCGAAACUGCACUCGAUGCGACGGCAUAUCCUUUUGCCGUAAUAUAAAUAUACAUAUAUAGUGUACCUCAGACAAGAUAGGAUUUGCUGGAGUGUGUGUGCGCAAUAAGAGUAAGAGAUAUUGCACUUAUGUCGCAGGCACGCAAUGUGUGAUACUAUGGACUGAUUCGAAAGAUAUUCUCAUUGAAUAUUAUUCUUGCAAAAAUAUAUAUUUCUUUCCAGAAACAUUUCUCUACUUUAGCAUAGAGCGAUAUUAUGUUUAAAGACAUUUCUAUAAAACUUUAUCGCACUUUUACAUUAAACAUUUUUCAAAUAUCUGUCUUCCCCGCGCGAUUUGAUUCUGUACAUUCGAUUCCGAAUCAUCAAAAGCUAUAUAUGGAUCAAUUCAUGACUAAAUAAGGGUCGUAUUAUCGGAGUGGAAUAGCUGAGCACCGAUGGAAUUCGACAUGUGAUACAUACUGUAAAUAUCAUAAUAGUAUUCCGACGUAUCUAUAUGUAUCGAUAGAAAGUACUCGUUGUUGUAAGUUGAACGUAAUAAAAACAAUGAGAUUUAACUGCAUAACGUUCGUUUCUUAUCAAUUCGCCGCGCGCUUCCCUCC